AUGGAGAUUGAUCCCAGCAGACGAAACAAGAAGCCGCGCCUCUUGUUGGAGUCGGAACGCGAGCGUCUAGAUGAGUUUAUUGACUCCAUCCACUACUCGGCAAGAUACUCAGACGACAAAUACGAAUAUCGCCACGUGCAGCUGCCGAAGAACAUGCUCAAGAAAAUCCCCACGGACUAUUUCGACAGUUCCAAAGGCACAUUGAAAUUGCUGUGGGAGGAAGAAUGGCGAGCGUUGGGCAUUACACAGAGUUUGGGAUGGGAGCAUUACGAGGUGCAUGAACCGGAGCCUCACAUCAUGCUGUUUAAGUCAGUGACCCUCAACCAUGUUCAAGUUCACAUUUUUGCUGACUCUUUAAUGAGGCGUCCUCUCAACUACCAGCCCCCAAUGGGUCAAUAA